UAUUAGGUGGCUACGUCAUACAGGUAGGAUUCUGCAAAUAGACAAAUUUAGAUGUUAAUUGUUAUUAUUACCGUUUCUAAAAAAAACUGUAUAAAAUCGAAAAAUGAGAUGUGCGGUUCAAAGCUGUAGAAAGGGCAAUGGAAAUAAAGCAUCGGAUAUCAGUUUUUUUUCAUUCCCAUCUAAUGAGGUGCUCGCUCAAAAGUGGAAACAAUUUUGUCAACGAACUCAGGAUUUCAACAUAAGGACUUCCUAUAUCUGUAUGUACCACUUUAUAAGGGACGACUUUGAAAAUCGCCUAAAGUUUGAAAUGGGUUUCAGCAAGAAACUGUAUCUAAAACGAAAUGUUGUGCCAACUAUUUAUGGCCCAAAUUUAAACAUUCCAAAACGCUGUAGUCAACGUGAGCAGCAAGCAAGUACUCUUUUAGUAAAGCAAGAACAACUACUUCAGGAGCAGGAUGUACUAAGCAUAACAGCUCAGGAUACGACUCCGUUUGAAGAUGGAUCAUGGUUAGGGUGUGCAGAGAUGUUUGAAUGUAAAACGGUGUUCAAAAGACCAACAUGUUGUAAACAACGUGACCAGCAAGCAAAUAGUCAUUUAGUAAAGCAAGAAGAACUACUUCAGGAGCAGGAUGAACAAAGCAUAACGUCUCAGGAUAUCACUCCGUUUGAAGAUGGAUUUUCGUUGGAGUGUGCAGAGAUGUUUGAUUGUAAAAGGGUGUUCAAAAGACCACUACGUUGUAGACAACGCGAGCAGCGAGCUAAUAUACAUUUAGUAAAGCAAAAAGAACUACUUCAGGAGCACGAUGAACUAAGUAUAACGUCUCAGGAUACCACACCGUCUGAAGAUGGAUCAUCGUUAGAGUGUGCAGAGAUGUUUAAAUGUAAAACGGUGUUCAAAAGACUACCACGUUGUAGAAAACGCAAACAGCGAGCAAAUACACAUUUAGUAAAGCAAGAAGAAACGAAUUUCAAAGGGCCACCAGUAAUUGAAAUCAAAGAUCCAUUCGAAGAGGUGAUGAUUAAAGAGGAACCCAGUAAAUAUUUGAAAACAGAAUUAGAAACGCUACGUCGAGAAAACUUAAAAAUAAGAGAGGAAAAUCGCACAUAUCGCAGAUUAUUUGCCGCACUGGAACGUGAUUAUAAAAAACAGAUAGCAGAGUAUUCAGCCCAUUUAAAAGUCCUAGAAGAUAGAGCAUUGGCAGCCGAAAAUGAGUGCAGAAAUAUGGCAAAUAAACUGAAGAUCUCGUUUGAAAAGGACAGAUUGCCAACUUAAAAAGCGAUUUUAUUUGAAAAUCAUAUGCACAUACAUACAUAAGCAUUUACAAAUAGCUGCAUUGUAAAGAUUUGCCAUUCCCUAUGGGAUAGUCAUAAGAAACGUUCUAUGGAGAAGCGUUUGUUUUUUAAAAACUUUAAUAUUAACAUUCAACCCGAUCUUCAAAUUUAUAUAUAAUACGUAGUUUGUUUUCUAUAACUAAUUUUAUUUUUUUCAUGAAGCUGGGCACUAUCCUAAAAAAUGCAAUGCUACAGCCAUCAAACAUUAUUUGAAAUAAAUACGAUUU